AUGUCCUCCCUCGUGGUCCCAGAAAAGAACACCUUCCAACACAUCCUCCGUCUCCUCAACACAAACGUCGAUGGCCGCGUCAAGAUCAUGUUCGCCCUCACACAGAUCAAGGGUGUCGGUAGGCGAUACUCCAACCUCGUCUGCAAGAAGGCAGAUAUAGAUCUCAACAAGCGCGCCGGCGAGCUCACCGUGGAGGAACUCGAGCGUGUUGUGACCAUCAUGCAGAACCCACAGCAGUACAAGAUCCCAGACUGGUUCCUCAACAGGCAGCGUGACUUCACCACAGGCGAGACAACACAGGCAUUGGCUAAUGCAGUCGAUACCAAGGCGCGUGAUGAUCUUGAGCGACUCAAGAAGAUCAAGGCACACCGUGGUCUUCGUCACUACUGGGGCCUGCGUGUCCGUGGUCAGCACACAAAGACUACUGGCCGUCGCGGAAAGACAGUCGGUGUGUCUAAGAAGAAGUAG